ACCAAACUUGUAGAUUCAUGAAAUUAGUUUAUAUCUUAAUCGUAAACCGGAGAAGCAACUUGAAUACUUUCUACUACACAUAGACAAUGUCAGCGACACCUAUUGCAAUAGUUGAUUUGGGGCGUUGUGAAACUAGCCAAUCUGCACUAGAAGAGAGCGCUGACUCAUUAGUGGAAAGUAUUAGAAAUAGUGGCGUAGCGUUCAUUAGAAACACUGGGAUUCAAGAGAGUCAAGUGAAGCAUGCCGAGUCAGUAGCGAAUGAUUUCCUAGCUUUGCCGCAAGACGUGAAGAACAGAUUUGUUGAUAGAUCCUCAGCGCAGACAGAUGGCCUUGGAUCAGUUGUCCAUUCAUACGUCAACAUGGACGCUGCAAGGAUUGGCACUGAAUAUUGGAAAACCAGAGAAAGUUUGAUAUUUAAUCCUGAUAUAAAAAUGGGAUUUCCCGAUGACGUAGUUCCUGGUUUCUCAGAUUCGUGGAAAGCAUUCUCGAUUAGUUGUGAUGACGUCAUUAGAAGAGUUCUAAAACUUUUAGAUGCCUCGCUUAAUACCAGACUAUGUCAAGUAUUCAAUUCGGAAGAGGAAAGAUCUAAAAGUGUUAAGUUUAAUCAUUAUCCAGCGAUUCAGACAAAUGAAGACGUAUGUGGAAAGAUAAGAGUACGGGCGCAUUCUGAUCCGGGUAUUCUGAGUUUACUGUUUCAGGAUAACAUUGGAGGCUUGCAGGUUGAAAACAAUGGUGAAUUUGUUGACGUUGCUCCAGAGGAAGGUGCUAUACUUGUCCAGGCUAAUCAGUUGUUGGCCCAACACACAGGUGACAGGCUGAAGGAAGUGCAUCAUCGAGUCAUAGUUCCAACAGACCCAAAGAUCGCUUGCCUACAAAGACAAACGUUAUCGUAUUUCCUACUUUAA